AUGGAUGUAGCUGUGAUCGAUUGGAAAGAUUCGAAGUUCGAAAAGGACAUACUUUAUGAAGACAUUAACGCUCCUCAAUGGAUUGAUUUCUCCAAUCAUGAUCCUCCUGUUGAUGAUGAAGCUUGGUUCUGCCGCCCUGAUUGUGAUCAUCCAAAGACGGUGGAAGAUUUCUUCAGGCAAAGAACCCCCAAUUCCGCAAAGCUUCCUAGAUCGGUUAGCGUUUCUGAGAUCCCUGAAUUUAGUGAUCGAAAUCGCAGAGAUGCAGCAUUGAAGAAGAGGGGUUUCCCAUUGAACAAAGACUCAAAAACUACAAAAUGCAUUCAAGAUAGUGAGAAUCAGAACCCCAAUUUCUCAACCCCUCCUAUUCACAAACCCAAAUCCAUAAAAGAAAUGAUCAAAUCAAGCUCAGAGAAGAUCAAUGUCGAGAAUGAUUUCUUACUAAAAGAAGAACCCCAACCCCCAAGGCUUCUGAAACACACAUUGUCUGCACGAAAUCUAUUUGCUGGAAGAGAUAUACUGAAUCAGGUCACUGAGUUUUGCAAUGAGUUGAAGCGAUUGGCAACAAGAGCAAAAGAUAAUGGUGAAAAAGAGAUUGUAAAUAAGAGUGUGGUGCCUUCAAAGAAACAGGAAAUGGGAGUUUUGCAGGAAAGUAAAACAGAAAGGAAGCCAUUGUUAGAGAAUCAUGAAGAAAUGGAGCACAAGAAUGUGAAGGAGAAGCUCACAAGGAAAAAGAUGAAUGGUGAUUUAGAGAACACCCCGAUUGCAUUAAAUAUGAAAACCAUAAGGGGCAAAGACGAGGAAAGAUUGUUGCAGAUUCGAACAAAUCCUCCAUCACCUCAAUGCUUUUCUGCUAACCGUGGGACCCCCAAACCCACCCCACCACCUCCUAAGGUGUCCCGCCUUAAAACUAAGGAGAGAGGGAUACUAGAAGAAAUCAGCAUAAAGGAGGUGAAGAAGGAAGUCAAAGUCAAUACAAAUCAAGCUGCUCCUCUUUUAACACAGAAUGAAGCAAAAGGGUUGGAUGUUUUCUGGUUGUUUAAACCCUGCACACUUUCUGGCUAA